AAAAAAUAUUAUAUUUGUAUAUUUUUAGAUCACAGGCACCACAUCAACUCAAUGAAACCUCAAAAAUCCAAAGUCAAAUAUGAAUGUCCAAUCUGCAAAAAAUCUAUAGUUAACAGAGGUUAUCACAUGAGGAUGCAUACUGGAGAAAGACCAUUUCAAUGUAAACUUUGUCUGAAAGACUUCAGACAAAUAUCUGAUUUGAAUAGACAUCAGAGAGAAGUUCAUGGACACAAACAAGGAAAAAAAAUUAAAAGAGUAAUGAAAGGAAAGGUAAUAAAAUCAUAUAACUGCCAAUCAAAAGGAAACCCAUUCAAUUGUGAAUUGUGUUUAAGAGAGUUAAAUUCAGUCACAUGGCUAAUGUCAUUAACUGUAAAGAAAAAAGAAGCAAAAACACAAAAAAUGAUUCCAUGACCA